AUAUGGCUUCCCCAUCCUUGGAUUUUCGGUCUCCCUUUAAUAAUGUUUUGAAUAAUCUCCCCCAAGGACACGAGAAAGCAUUCAAACAGGCCAUAUAUACCACAGCAGCUAAUUUAUUUGUUCUGGUCGCCGUUGGAGCUGCAGUUGCGGUGUAUUUUAUCUUGGAAGUGUUUUUACGACCACUCUUAUGGGCAGUGCUAUGUGGAACUUUCUUAUAUCCCGUAAAACGUUCGUUGACCAGCUGGCUACGAAGAUGGUUACAUGGACUACAGACUACAAACACGCCAUUUGUUUUAGGAGUUGCUUUUAUUCCAAUAAAAGCGAUAGACAGAGUCUAUGGGAAUGUAUUUAACAAGUUUAUGCAACACAUACGCAUGAUUUUAGGCGGAUUUGGAGGAAUUGUGUUGGCAUACCUGCUGUGGCACUUUGGCCCAGCAAAAAACAUAUUGUACUCAUUUCGAUCUGUAUUUUACUUCGUUUACGAAGUCCUUGGAUAUUUUACAUCAUUUUGGAUAUGGACCUUACUGGUAGGAUACCUGUUAGCUGUGGUAUUCCUAUGGUCUCCAGACUCCAAGCGUUAUCUGCGAUAUCUGUCCGUACCGAUCUGGAUUGUCCUCAUUCUCCACGUGGCUACAGCAGCUGGAUAUCUACGAGUCCCACUCUUAAUGUUCCUUGUUGUAGUCAUUGUAAUUGGCUUUGUGUCGGAAAUAAAUGAAGCAAGACUUGCUGAAGGAAAGUGUGUCCCACCGACUCCAGCAGAGGCUGCUCGGAUAAUUUUUGGUGAUGACUCAGAGACGGAUCAAUCUAAAGCAGUGAAAGAGGAUAAAGAUGAGAAGGUCGAUGAUAAAAGCAGUAGUGUAACAGAAACUGAAUCUCAUCGGGAGGAAACGGAAAAAUCCAAAGAUUCCUGUGAAGUCAAAAAGCCAUCUUCCCUACCUGUUCGAAGUCCCACCGUUUCCUCAGCUUCUUCUCCACAUAAAAAAGAUCGACCAAAGCUACAUAUGAAAGAACUAACAGAAAAGUCUGAAGAAAAGUCCGAUGAAAAAUUUGAAGAAAAAGCACGAUCACUCAUAGACAAUUGUUUUAUCUACCUCUUCUGGCUCUUGGUGCUAACAAGAAUUUGGCUCAACAUCUGGGUCGUCCAACUGCUUUUUCCAAUAGGACUUAUAAUGUGGCUGUUCAAGACUUUAUUGAUACAGCUGGGUAGUGGGGGAAUAGUUGGUGAGAAAGUUGAGUUGGUGAAGACAGCAAUGACAAAAUGGCUAGUAAGCAGACAAGAUGUCCUCAUGCCCAGGUGGAUCAGGGGAGUGGCAAAACUGGUUCUACGAGGUGACAGUAAGAUUGUUUCGGUGCUAGAACAGUCUCUAGACAAGACGACCAGUGUUCUCUUUAUCCUGUUGCUAUUAUUUGGGACUGCCAUAUUGGUCAUCUUUGGUGCUAUACAGAUACAACAAGAAAGUAUGUUGUUUGUGAAAAUGACCAGUGAGGUGAUGAACAAUACUCUCAACUCAGAAAUCAACUCGUGGCUCCCUAAUGGAGAAGAUUUACAGAAAGCUAUGGAUUCUAUGGUGGGCAAUGCUUACCUCUAUGGACGCAAUUGGAUUGCAGCAAGGCUUCGUGACUUUGUGAGUGGGAGUAUGGACAAGAGUUCUACUAACAACACCCAGAUAGAGACCCAAGUACUGGAGGUGUGGGACAGACUGUACGAAAGCUGGCUUACUAGGAAUGACACCAGCAGCAGUCUGCAGACAACGACAGGGUUUAACGUUCUCCCUACCGACAUGAUCAAUGUAAAGUCUAUGUGGGAGGUCGUAUCUGAGGGAGACGCCUUCAACAUCAGCCAGAUCGUAGCCUUCGUUAAGGACAAUAUUGGAACCUUUAUGUCUGUUUUAGAUUCAGUAUGGAUUGUAUUGAAGGGAAACAUGAACCUCGUGCUAAGUCUAGUCACAGCCACCAUGUCUGUGGUGUUUGGGGGAGGUACUGCUCUCCUUAACUUUGUCAUCUCCUCAGUGAUUUUCCUGACCACAUUGUUCUACCUGCUAGCGACCAGUGGUAACCAGUAUAAACCAUUAGAAUGGUUCAGCAACCUAAGUCCUUCACAGGGAACCAGUGUCAUUGGCCAGGCAGUCGAGGAGGCUAUCACUGGUGUGGUCAUGGCCUCCCUGAAGAUGGCUGCGUUUUAUGGAUUCUACACCUGGAUGACUCACACCUGGUUUGGAGUCAACAUCGUCUUCAUCCCUUCAGUGAUGGCUGCAAUGUUUGCUGCGGUACCAUUCCUCGGAACAUACUGGGCGACUAUUCCGGCCAUCCUUGAACUCUGGCUGGUUCAAGGUCAAGGUAUCUUGGCCCUGCUCCUACUUAUAUUCCACAUGCUGCCUACGUAUGUAGUGGACACUGCCAUUUACAGUGAAAUCAAAGGAGGUCACCCUUACAUGACUGGCCUGGCCAUCGCCGGAGGGAUCUAUUGGAUGGGACUAGAAGGAGCCAUUAUUGGGCCUAUAUUACUGUGCUGUCUGAUAGUAGUGAUCCGUUUGUAUGGGACUAUGUUACAGCCUGAUCCUGCCACACCAGACCCAGGACAGGAUUUUAAUCUUAAUUCUGACAUAUUGUCCUCUACCUAUCACCUGUACAGGAGGUUACAGCAUGACACGUGGCAGAAGGCGGCUCUCUGGUGAUGGAGGUAGAAAAAGCCUACCCUUCAUGUUCAGACUUCUUCCACGGUCGAUCAGCAGCAUUGACGUGAAGGGGAACACAUGAUGGUGGGAAGAACUGUCCGUUAAAUGUGAGAUGUAAUCCAGUCCAGCGCCGAGUGCCUCCUCCCCAUUUCUCCCUUGGUCUUUCUUUACUGGAGUGUUAACAAUAGAGAUUUUUACAUUGAUAUACUUGCCUGGUAAAUUGUAUGGCUUUGUGACUUGCUUUUCGUGUUUUAUGAUUUAGAUUAGUAACACCGUCACAUGUUUUGUGUUAGGUGAUUAACUUCACUCACAGUGAAAUCACAGCGAACAGCACUAUGACUCGAUAUAACAUCACAACGAUCAAUUGUUACUUUAUGUAACAUUACAAGGAACAUUAUUGUUACAUGACAUCACAGGGAACAAUUCUGUUACUAUAUUUAACAACAUUGUAACCAGGAACAUUUUUACUGCAUAUGUGUAACGUUGUAACACCAUAAGGAACAUUUUUGUUACUGUUACAACAUUGUAACAUCACAAAGGAACAAUUCUGUAUAUCAUGUAGAAAAUACUGGUACUUUAAAGAACUCUGUCUGAUCACCUGAUCACUUUCUGAUCAUUCUCUGAUCAUUCUCUGACCACCUGAUCGCUCUCUGAUCACACUCCGAUAAUUACUAUGAUGAAAAGAAUCUCAAUCUUUUUCUUACUUAAGAUAUGAUUUUUAAAACAUUGAUAAAGAUUGUUAAAUAGUUCCUAACUUAAUGGCAAUGUGUAAUUAUUUGAGAUCCUGUGUGCAUAUUUCACCAUUUAUUAGCUAUUUCAUAUAUUGAAAAAAAAAAAAUCAAGAGGGCAUUAAUUGCCAAAGUUAUGUUAUUAAAAAUAAGAAAACUACUUGAUAUAUAUAUAUGUAUAUACACUGUAUAUAUAUGUACUGGAGAAAGUUCACCAAAGACUCUUGUAUUAAUGUGAAGUUUAGUUUGUGUAUCGAUUUUUAAAUUUUUAUUGUGAAAGAAGGGAACAUGACCUUAUUACAAAUCUUAACAUUUGUUUAAUUAUGUUUUUAAAAUUUUAAGAUAAGCCUUUCAUAGUUGCUUGAAACCAUUUGUUAUGUUGAAGAUUUCCUGAAUAAUUGUACAAUGUUUUGUAUGGAAUCCAUUUUUGUAAAUUUAUGUGCAUUGUAUUUUAAAAGAAAAAAGCUUAAUUAUGCAGUCUAGAUUUUUUUUGUCAUCUGCUUGUGAUUUAAAUGAUAGACUAAUAAUGUCACAAAGGAUGCCAAAUGUUGUGUAUUAUCAUGUUUUAUUUUAUUAUUUCAUUUAUUUUCAAUUUGAAAGUACUCUCCAAAAAAUUAAAAACAUCCAAAAUAAAGUCUCAUUCAAGAGGCCAUCUUGAAUUACAUAAUUAAUGUAUAUUUUACUGAACAGGUAUGAAGGAAUAAUUGUUUUCAUAUUCACUCUUAUUAAUAACAGGUGUACUUGUUUAAAGAUUUAAAACUUUUUAUGAAUUAUUUUAUAAUAAUUAUAAAACAUUUAUAUUGUCAUAUCUUUCUGGCAAUACCGGUUAGCCCAUGACUGGUAAGAAAUGCUCCCUUGUCUGUUCAGUAGAAAUACAAACAAAGAUUCAGAACACAUACUUAUUUUUAUCUCAGUAGAUAGCAAGCUGUUAUCUAUGCUGAAAGCAUCUUAGGUUUAAGAUACACAAUUUUUUUUAUUGUUCUAAAGCAUGUUGAUAAUAUCUUUGAAUUUCCUAAAUUUUUUCUGUUUUCUGCAGGUUCUUUAAAUUACUUUCAUGUAAAUGCACACUUUUUUCGUAUAAAAAAAUAAACAGGCACUUUUGGAAAAAUUUAAUUGAAAUACGUCAAAUAGAUUUUAACUAAUUAGCCAGACAGGUGUUUUAAUUUUGAUAAUGAAGCCGUCUUUACUAAUUCCAACUAGUCUAGGACUACUGCUUAUUUCAACCUCUGUGAUAUGUGUACUGAAAGUACCUGAAGUUUAAGAUACAUAAAUGUAUCUCUUAAUGAAAUCAACCUCAAAUCCUCAUCUAUUGACCAAUUCUCCCAGUUUAAAAAAGUGCUUAUUUUGUAAACAUGACAUAUCAGAUAAAAAUACUCCUUAAUGGUUACUAAAAGUAGUAUGAUGAAAAUAUUGGAAUAUUUUAUACAUGUGUUACAUAUGUAUGAUAUUAGAUUUGUAUCUGUACCCUGUAUGAACUUCUGACACUGUUUACCCGUGGACGUGAUACAUAAACAUUUUACUUUAUUAGAUGCUUGCAUAUUUCCUCAAUUGCUUUACUUAUGUGUGUAUCUACAUCACCUGGCCAUCCAUUAUGAUUAUUUGUGUCUUUGGUACAUGUAUGACUCUAUAUAGCUGUCUUAAUGCUGAGGUCAGAAGGUGGCUAAAUAUAAAGGUCAAGGUCAAAGCCAACCAUGACAAGUCAUGUGGGUGGUCAACUUGUAAUACCAAAUAUAGGUCUCGAGGUUGAGGUGACUUUUUCCUGAUCAUAUGAUUUUCCAGUACAAUAGUGUAUAGUGUAUAUGUAUUAGGUCACACAACACUGUUCAGUAUUAAGCCUAACUCUGUAAUCUCUAUAUUAAUGAUUUUUUUUCCUUUAUGAGCACAAGUGUCUGUAUGUAAUGUUAACGGUUUUCUGUAUUUCUUACAAAAUAAUACAUUUUGUGUAGUACUGUAUUGUAAAAAUUCAUGGUGGCAAUAUUUAUUUAGUUUUAAACAUUAUUUAUUUCUGUAAACUUUCUUGAUAUUUACUAAUUGUAGCUGACCUUACAUUUUUACAUGGCAUGUUAUGAAAUAUAGGAUGUUAUUGAGUGCCUACAUUGUUAAACUGAGUAAGUGUUUUAAUAUACAUUUUACAUAAAGUAUUAAUUACAUGUGUAAGUAUCUUAGAUAAUUUAUUCACGCAUGUUUAGGUGUGAGACUGGUAAUAUCAUGUAUGCUACUGACAGUAGUGUGACAUAAUUGGGUUCACAAUGUUGAAUUUUACUAUAAAUUAUUUGUAUUUUCAACUUUUUUCUGCCAAUUAAUUAAAUUUCAUUCGUAGAUAGAUUUUAAUGAAAUUUUGUAUACUGAAAAAGAAAUAUCUAGCAUUUUCUUUCAUAGUAUUCUUUGCCAAGUAAUUUAUAUAUUAUGCUGAAAGAAAUAAAAAUUAACAACAAACCAAAUUCCCUGCAAAAUUAUGCUGUCUUACUUAAGAAAUAUCAAAAUGGCAUUGCAAAAAUCUCAUGUUGUAAAUAACUUUUUAAUUUCUCUUGUUAAUGGUAAUGAAAAAUCAUGAAAAUAAUGUGAAAAGGAACUUCCAAACCAAAGUUUUAUUAAGAUCAACUGAUUAACAAAUUCAUGAGAAUUUAUUGAAUACAAUUGUAAAUGGUAAGAUUAUAUAGUAUCAUUAAAUUUUGCGAACUCAAUAAUGUCAAACUAUGGUACACAUAUUAUCCUCAAACUGUGAGGAUCAGUUAUAUUUUUUUCAGGAAUUUAACAAAAUUAAUCAUUUGAAAUAGUCUUAGUAAACCAGAUAUAAUUCUGAUAUGUUUGAAUUAUUGGUACUUAUAAUACAAAUCAUGUUUCUUUAAACACUCUAUAAUUAUGAAUGUUUUGUUUAUAUCAGCUUGAUGUGUAUGAUGUUCUGAAGUCUGUGUAGUGUAAUUUGUUUAUUUAUUUCUGUAUGACAAUUGUUGCAUUGUUAUUUAUAUCUAUUAAGUUUAUUUCAAGCUUUUUAAUUUUUUAAUGUUAAUUUUAAUUCAAUUUGCAGUUUGUGCAAUGAGAAUAAAAGAGGCCCAUUGGUCCUGUAAUGCACAA